GUGAACCGGCCCCUGACCAUGAAGAAGGAAGGGCCGAUCCAGACCCGAAAGCGUAAACCCAAGAGUACGUCUUCGGCUUCGUCUUCGUCUCAGCAGCAGCAGCAGACGGCGAGCAGGUAUUCGAACUCACCCAGUGUUAGCCUCGGAGGGUCGUCUGUUAUGAAGACGCACCAGCCACCAGCGUAUGUAUCCACCGUCAUCACGAACUACGCCGACCACCACGCUGCCGAGCACUACGCGGGCGGCGGCGGCGGGGGCGGCGCGGGGGCGUCGAUCGCGGGCGUGACGAUCCACAACCAGGCCGCCCACCUCCUCCCCGCAUCCGCCCACUCGCUGGCACACGUGGCAUCGUCCGGGCAGCUGCUGGCAUCGUACCCUCCCUCCCCCUCGUCGACCCCCCAACACGUGCUGCCCAAUUCGCAGCAUCUGUCGCAUCAGGUGUUGAAGGAGUAAGUGUUGGUGAUUGGUGGUGAU